AUGCACAAUAACUUCAGAUCCCUCGUUGCUACUGGGCGAGCUAGGAAUGGAUUUUAUUGGAACGAAAAUGCACCGCCAUCAGCGCUCAUGUACCUUCUGAGAUAUAACUGCUGGGCAGAAGCUUACGCCCAAGCGCACGUAAGAAGCUGCAGCGGACGCCAAUCGUAUGCUUGGCAAAGACCUGGCUGGAAAGAAAACAUCCACAUCCUUUGGACGACGGCAACCGAUAGACUAGGAGCCAUUCAGAAUGCGAUAGCAACAUGGCAAGCCGAGCUU